AUGGAGAAGAUAGAGGUCGAAUUCAUCAAGCAAUCUAUGGAUCGACUUCACCUACCCACCAACACGGAUAAGCCAGCCAGACAGGCUUUUGCGCAUAUACUUCACAGGCUGAAGCUUUCCCCCAGUUCAGAUGCCGAAGAAAAACAGGUAUGGACCGUGGAUCAGGAGAGACAACUGAUGACCGACAUCGCCCUCGUAUACUCCACCGAGGACACCAAGUCAAGCUCAGUUCGACCCAAAGUGGACUGGGUUCUGCUGCAGCUGUCGGCUAUCGUGAGGAGGAAGAAGGAUCAACUUUACGGUGAUUCAUCACCGCCCGGUGGUUACAUUCACGCAGCACCGUACUGGCAUUUCGAGACGACGAUCACUGGAUCUGGUGAUCAGGCUUUGACGGCAUCGGUGGACUACGUUCUCAGUCGACUGUAUGAUGAAUGCUGGGCAGCCCUUCCGAGCAUGUCGAUCGUUUAUGCCGCCCGGAAGGCGAGGAAGUAUAAGGGCGGCAUCUAUGGAGUCUGUACCGAUGGCGACAGUUGGACCUUCUUGCACCUCAGCGAUAGGGGCCGUGUGUCCAAACGCUGUCUGGUAUGGGAUGAUAAACAGGAAGUCACCGGCCUACUAUACAAGAUUAUCGGGCAGGCUUUCGACCUCCACAGAGCGCGAGAGCAGGACCCGGAGGCUCGGCGGCGAAUGAGAGAUGAAAUUUUCCUCUGGGAUGAGGAUAAGGAGAGCUCUGGCGAUAAUGGUCGUAAUGAUGGUGAUGUAGCCCCUGGGCGUUGGUGA